AUGGAAAACAGUACUCUUAUCGAAAAAACAGAAGAUUCAUCCAUAACAACUUUAGUCGUUGAUAAAGAUGACUGGAAGUGGCCAUGCUUUGAAGAAUGGUAUGAUGAUUAUUAUGGUAAAAUGGAACGUAGGAUAAAAAUUGAAAGUAUCAACAUCAUUCCCUUCGUGGUCAUUUAUCCACGUAAGGAUAAACCGUACGUUGAAGUGAGUUCUCCAAAGUUGAUUGAAAUUUUGCGAGAUAUCCUUCCGAAUAAAAAGCCAUUUGACAGUAUUGAUGAUGAUAACCCCAAAGUAUCAAUAAAAGCUCAAGAUUUGUUUCAUGUGAUGGAAAAAUUGAAAGAUGUUAUUAAAAACAUGGAUGAUCUGGAGAGCGUUGUCCACCUAAAACGUAUGGUUCGAUUUCUUGAACAAGAGUUUAAACAAACCAUAAAAGCUCGUGAAGUAAUGGUUGCACAUAAAAAAGUUUCGUAUGAAAUGUUAUGGGUGUUCUAUACUGAAAAAUUGGAAGUAUGGUAUAGGUGUGCAUUGUCUGGUCAACAGAUCGGAGGUAUCAUUUCCUCAGUAAAAGAGAAAGUAUUACGCACUGGCAAAAAAAUAUUUAAGAUAAAUAUUAAUGUGAUCAAAUAUGAUGGUGUUGGAUUCAAGCGCUGCCAAAUAGAGCGUAUUAUUGAAUAUUUCAAUGGUGAU